AUUUUUGACGGGCCUCAAUAGGGGCACCAAACAUAGGAUAAUUGUGGGAUUAGGAGUGUUAUCCUGACCUACCCUACUUAGCAAAGGAGACCUAAAACCUAAAAGUACUCCACAGCAGCUGCUGAGGAAAAGAACACGUCGACAAGCAUACGUGUCAGAACACCAUUGGACGCUGAUGUCGGAACUCCACAAGAUUUAGUAACAACGGGACAGCCCAUCUCAUACUCUUCUGAGCUUCUCAAACAAGACUGAACCGAAGGGAUCAAACAAACAUCGAUCCAAGAAGAAGAUGGCGACCUGUAGGGGACUGCAUAUACUCUUCGCUCUGAUACUCUUCACCAUCUUAGCCCCCAAUCAGGCGAAGAAAUCAAAGGAAGAUUUGAAGACUGUGACGCAUAAAGUUUUUUUCGAUGUUGAGAUUGAUGGAAAACCUGCCGGACGUAUUGUCAUGGGCCUCUUUGGAAAAACAGUUCCCAAGACAGUAGAAAAUUUUAGAGCUUUGUGCACAGGUAUAAUCCCUUUCCUAGUUCUCUUGUUGAUAUUGAUUAGUUUUCACAUGCAAUUGGCACUAAUGGCACUCUACGAUUUUUUAGGGGAGAAAGGUAUUGGUAAAAGUGGGAAGCCCCUGCAUUACAAGGGAAGCACAUUCCAUAGAAUUAUUCCCAGCUUCAUGAUUCAAGGAGGUGACUUUACCCUCGGUGAUGGAAGAGGUGGAGAAUCAAUUUAUGGGGAAAAAUUUGCCGAUGAGAAUUUCAAGAUCAAGCAUACCGGACCUGGGUUUCUGUCAAUGGCAAACGCGGGGACUGAUACUAACGGUUCGCAGUUUUUCAUCACCACUGUGACAACCAGCUGGUUGGAUGGCCGCCAUGUUGUGUUUGGAAAGGUUUUGUCUGGAAUGGAUGUGGUCUACAAGAUGGAGGCUGAAGGUAGGCAGAGCGGGACACCUAAAAGUAAAGUUGUGAUUGCAGAUAGUGGGGAACUCCCCUUGUAAUUGCUUUUCCUCUUUACCUGAAAUGGGGGUAUCUGUUUCUUUAUAUAUUUAGAAAUGUAGACUUACAAAGCGGCAUCAACUUUCAUUAUCUUGCUAUAAUGGUGAGCUCGAUUGUCUCUUGGAACUUUUAUAGGAAGGAUGAGUUCAUUAUCAGACUAAAUCUGUCUUCUUCUUUUUUUCGUGGGGUAUCAUACAUAUAUAUAUAUUUUUUUAUCAUUUGCAGAAGUUAAAUAGCAC